CGGAAAGGCGUCAGGGAGAUCAUAGCCACCCGCGAAGGAGGGAGGAGAAGGGAGAGAGGGGCUUCACCGUUGUCCGCGGCACACGGGCUGCCCUCGCACACCAGCGUACCUUUGACACACUUUCCUCGGGAGGGUCAAAGAGACAGCGAGAAUGAACGCAAUGCAGGACGUUCACUUUCUGAAGUCCGCCUUGCCGUCGGACGCCAAGGUCUCCACCCUGGCCGUCCCGUCCGACCAACAGCUGGACCAGCGCAACGAGCACCGGCCGGGCAGCCAGCAGAAGAGCAUGAGGGUCCAGGAGCAGGUCCUCACCAUGUUGAAGAGCAGCAGCAGCGGCCGGGGCAGCACCUCGUCCCACGGCGGUUCCCUUCAUGAAGGCUCUGGAGGAAUGACAAAAUAUCAUACAGCAACUAUGCCAGGUUUCAGCUCCAAGUCACAGGUUUAUUCAACAGAGAACAAGUAUUCUACUGUCAACCCAUCUGUGUACCGGCAGGGAGGCAAACAAAACUGGUCGGCCCGCUCAGCUGUGGGAGAUUACACUGCUAAAGGGCAAACCAGGGCAAGUCAGUAUGGAAGACAAGGGGAUGAAGCAACUUUUCGUUACAGAUCUAUAUCCGGCCAUCAAACCAAAGCUAGACCAUUGUCCUUGCACCAGUCUUCACAAUAUGGAUACAACACCAGAUCUCAGAUGGGACAACAGGACAUUGAUACCAUGUCGCUGCGUUCAUUGCAGUUGCCAAGUAAAUAUGUGCAGAAACAGACUUGGUCUGGAGUUCAGAUGAACGGGCAAGCCAUGUACCAGAGACCAGAUGACGAACUUAGCAUGAUGUCGGAUCAGGUCGAUAGCAGCUACAUGUCUUCAGUUGGUAAUGAAUAUGGCAACGGUGCAAACUUGACCUAUGACACCAGGACUUAUCCAGUGAGUCAGCAGAUGGGUGUAGGAGGCUAUGUGAAAAAGAUGUCAAUUUCUUCAGGAGGCAUGCCUGGUUACGCAGCGGAAGAAUUCGAGGAGACCUCCGUACGGCGACAUGUCAGGCCUCCAGCUCAACGCACACUGCAGAGGAUCCAACAGUACAGCAAAGUGUCUCGUGGAAGAACCGGCUCGAGCUCCCAAGUUCCAGCGCAAAUAUCACGCAGUUCAUCCAUGCACAGUGUGAAUGGAAUGCAACAUGGUGUCCGCGAACUGGGCACUCAGCAAAUGCAGCAGUUACAAACGGAUAUGAGCAGGUUUCAACUAUCAUCUGUUCCAAUGACACAAACUGAUGGAAUGAACCUACCUACUGCUGUACAAUUUCUGCGCAGCACUGAUGUUAACAACCAAGUUAUUGGAUCUAGUUACAUUCAGCAUAAGUGCUACCACGAUGCGAGUGCUAAAACAGAGGCCUAUAACCUGGGAGCCGUCGCUGAACUAGUGAAUCUUUUCAAUGAUCGGUCAUUAGAGGUUCAGAGGAGUGCCACAGCAUCAAUGCGCAACCUGCUGUACAAUAACAACAUCAACAAACAGGAGCUGGUCAAACAGAAUGGAAUCCCCAAAAUGAUGGAGGCAAUCAAAUUUAAUGAUGAAGAACUGAAGGCUAACAUCACAGGAAUUUUGUGGAACCUGUCUUCCAAAGAGGAACUGAAACACACUCUUGCUGAAGGAACAUUAGAAGAUAUCACGGAAGAAAUCCUUUCUCCUUACUCAGGUUGGAGUAAGAAUAUUACUACCCAGGAGUUUCCUUCAGAGGAUAGUGUCUUCUAUAAUACAACGGGCUACAUUCGAAAUCUAAGUUCUGGAAAAAUGGAAACUCGUCUGAGAAUGCGACAAUGCAAAGGUUUAGUGGACUCGUUAGUCCAUUACAUCACGCACUGUGUUGAUAUUGGCAAAACUGCAGACAAGAGUUUGGAGAAUUCGACCUGUGUUCUGCGUAACUUGUCCUAUCGCCUUUAUGAAGAAAUACCAUCGUUUUAUCAGAACCGAUUGGGCGGCCCUGGCAGGAAUGACAGAAGCACAAAGAACGAAGAUGUUGUGGGAUGUUUCACUCCACAGAGUCGGAAAAUCAAGGAGAUCAAUACAGAUACAGCAGUAUUUUCUGAAAUAUCGAAAGAUCCAAAAGGAAUUGAAUGGCUAUGGAGCCCUGCCACAGUGAAAAUGUACGGCAGCGUCUUGGAAAAUAGUGAGUCCAACAUACAGACUACUGAAGCUGCCUUGGGAGCUCUACAGAAUAUUACAGCAGGGGAUUUCCGGUGGGCCUCUGUGAUGAGUCGUUUGACAAUGGAGCAGGGCAGAACAUGGUACACACUUAUCGACUAUUUGAAGAGCAAUGACGAUAAAGUAUUGAAAGCCUUAACUGGUCUACUUCGCAAUAUCACCUUACAUGCAAAGAACAAGGAAGAUGUCUCAAUCAAAAUCAUUGGACCUCUCUUGAAUAAAUUACCUGAGGAGUUCAAUAACUCUUCACCGUCGAAUGAGGUGGCUGCUAAUAUUUGCAUGAUACUCAACGGUCUAGUAAUCGAAACCAGUGAAGCUCCCAAACAAAUUGUAAACCAUAAUGGAUUAAGAAGGAUCAUGAAUAUCAAAGAGAGAAGCAAAAUUGAAUCUGAGAAAGCUGUAAAUGCUGUCACCACCCUUUUGGGAAAUAUGUGGUAUUACAAGUCCCUUCACCGUGAAUACAGAUCGAGGGGCUUUCUAAAGAACCACUUUGUGCCUUAUUGAAAUCUAAUCAGUCAUCAAGCUUCAAUCAAAACAACCGACAAAACCAAAUACUACUGAAUGCGUCACUUCAGAAAUAUAUAAUAAAUAUGAACUUUAUUUUCAAGUACUUAAAAUUUGCUUGGUGGCAUCUGAAUCAGAUAACGGUGCAUUGGGACUGAAUAUUGUCUGGCAAUACAGAGCACUGGUGCAUAUAGGUGAAAAUUAUAUACCAAA